GAAGGAAAGCUUUUGAGCUGUCUGUUCGCCCGGCUAUCUACAGUAGCUCAGCUGUUUAUGUGACUGACUGAUGGUCGGCUUGCACAGCCACCCAAUGCGAGUGGAAUGUCCUCUAUGUGAUUUGUUGCAGUUCAAGGUCCCCUUCAUUCAGGGCUCGGAAUGGUGGGUGGUGGAUGGCUUCGCUGUUCACGAGUAAUUCCAGGCGUAAGUAUAAAGAGAUAGAUAGAUCCAGAAACCAGUACAACUGUAGUCAGUGGCCAGUACACAAGCCGCACCAAAUCCACCUGCGACUCGAAGCGAACCGGCGCUCACGGUUUCAAGUUGGCGAUGGUUCCAGUUCCCUCCGCUGCGUCAUCUUUGUUGUUGUUCAAUACCUUCACUUUAGGCAUCACUCCUACUGCGACAAGCACAACCAUCUCUCGUGCUGCCGAACGCGAACUUGACCUCUGUCGCUGCCAUCUUUACAGCAUGGUGUUCUAACAGUUCCGGCUGAUCUCCUCAAAGACAACGUCUCAUUCUCUAUCAUCAUCGCUUUCUCCUUUGCACCAUGAACGAAGUGUUCUGGACCAUACAAGAUGAACACGCGCCCUGUCAUCGAUGAGUCCGCGGGACCCAAUGCGUUGUCCGCCUCAUUCAACAGCGAUGCCAGCUGCUUCGCCGUCGGUCUCGACACGGGCUUUUGCGUGUUCAACUCGGAUCCAUGCGAACUCAAGGCCUCUCGAGACCUGAACGCGGGCAUCGGCGCGGCCGAGAUGCUAGGACGAUACAACUACCUUGCGCUCGUAGGAGGCGGGAAGAACCCGCGAUGGCCACAGACAAAAGUCAUAAUCUGGGACGAUGCGAAACAGAAAGUUGCCAUCACGCUGGAGUUGAAGACGGCGGUCCUCCGCGUGCGGCUGACCAAGUCGUGGAUUGCAAUUGCAAUCCAGAACAGCAUCCACCUGUACAAGUUCUCGUCACCUCCGGAGAGGACGGCGAUUUUCGAAACGGCCGACAACCCUCUGGGACUGUGCUGUCUGGGGUCCAAAGUGGUGGCAUUUCCCGGCCGGUCACCGGGCAAAGUGCAGCUGGUAGAGCUGGCCUCGGGCAACGUCAGCAUCAUCCCAGCACACACGUCGGCGCUGCGUGCCAUGGACCUCAGUCCCGACGGCCGUUUGUUAGCCACGGCCAGUGAAACAGGCACUUUGAUCCGCGUCUUCUCGACGUCCAACUGCACAAAAGUCGCCGAGCUACGCCGCGGAGUCGAUCCCGCCUACAUUUUCAGUAUCGCCAUCUCUCCGGACUCGACCAUGCUCGCCGUCACCUCGGACAAAUCUACCCUUCAUGUCUUCGAUCUGCCUGGCGCGGGCUCCCCGGCUGCGGCCAUGCAGCCCGCUAGUGCUAUUGCUAGUCCUGGUCAUGCGCGUCCAGCAGCGCAGCGGUCGCAGUCCCCCAGCGUCGACGAAGAGUCGUCCACGAACCAGAAAUGGGGCUUUCUGUCCAAGAUCCCUUUACUCCCCCGGGUUUUUUCAGAUACGUACUCGUUUGCCUCAGCGCACUUUGAAAUGGGUGACGAGGCCACCGGCGGCGGCAUCACCGGACCCUCGUCGCUUUCAUACCUCCCUGCCCUGGGAUCGCUGCCCAAUCGGCCUCAGAAGGGAAUAUUGGGCUGGGCGGAUCAUGCCACGUUGAUCUGCAUCGGCACAGGCCGUGAUGCUCGCUGGGAACGGUUCAGAGUCGGUGAGCGGCCUGGCCUGACUGAAGAAGGCCAGAGGACGGUCUGGAGAGACGGCUGGCGGAAAUAUCUCGGUAGUUGAGCACCAGUGAGCAAUAUUGCGAUCAAACGGAAGAAUCACCCAUGAACUGCAAACAAUUCGAUACGAUCUCUCAGAGAGCCCGAGUGGGUCGGGCAGAAGACUCUGCGCAGUGCGGUCGUCCUGCUGGAAAUCGAACGCUUUUCUCGCACCUGUCGGCUUGGCCUCGACACUGUCGGCGCGAAUUCCCUGCCUACGAACUGCAACUGCAGACGAUGGCAUCCCUUUUCGACGGGGCCCAUCAUGCACGAACAAAAGGGAAAAAGCGCACUCGCAACAAGGGCACACCCACACCCUACCUCUGUAUGUAAGGUAUACUUCCUUUCCCAGAUGGAAUAGUCUCCAACGCCCAUGCGGCUCGAAAAGGAAACCCCGGGGUCAUCGUCACUAUGCAGGCCCUUUCGCCUUCGAGCCAUGCACUUGCAGAGUCUACAACAGACGAUGUCAUGCAUUAUCUAUCUCCUUGCUUCCUACGGCAACCUCGCGCCCCAUGCGGUGAGUGAAGUGGUAAGUUAUAGCACAGCUACCUUUAGUCCGUCAUCAAGGUCGCUGGUAUGAGGAGUGCCACACGAACAGGGAGGAGUUUAUUGAGCCAAGGACCUGGAAGAGGGACGGUGACAGAUGUCAGGAGAGAAGGGACUCGAAGCAGUGUGUCUGUCCCUUGCUCACCGGUUUCGACCAGUGCAGGCGAGACAAAUCGAUACGAUAAUCAGGUAAUUGAUCACGAAUAACAUUAAUAAUAAUCUAUUUCGUGCUUCUACAUACCUACUGUUUUGCAGGAGAGAGAAAGAGAGUCUCCAGAAUAGUUGGCCCAUGUGCAAAAGGAUCAAAUCGUG